GAGGCUGAAGAUAGGUUACACUUAGGAAUGGAGCAGAACAACAGCAACAUAGAAGAUUUCUCCCUUAAUGUAUUUUCUGUCACUCCUUAUCAGCCUAACAGAUCUGAUGUCAUGGUGUCAGAUGGUGAUAAAGCUGGUGCCACUUUGCUCUUUUCAGGUGUGUUUUUGGGGCUGGUGGGAAUCACAUUCACUGUGAUGGGAUGGAUAAAAUACGACGGCAUUACUCACCUGGAAUGGACUCAGUUACUGGGGCCUAUUCUGCUCUCUGUCGGCGUGACUUUUAUUCUGAUUGCUGUUUGCAAAUUCAACAUGCUUACAUGCAAAUCCUGUAAAGAGAGAGAUGAGAACACAUCAGAAGUCGACCAGACGGCAAGUGGACAGUCCUUUGUUUUCACAGGAAUUAACCAGCCUAUAACUUUCCACGGUGCUACAGUGGUACAGUACAUCCCUCCACCAUACCCAGUGCAGGAAGGCGUUGCUGUGAACCCCCCCUACCUGCACCCCAUGCUCAGCUGCUGCAGUGCUGGUUCCUCUGGUGCCUCACCAGUUCCUAGCCCAGACUCUCCUCAGUUCUGCCCUGCCUACCCUCUUGAUAACCCAGCUUUUACACAGGAUGAGAACUACUCCCCUUAUCUCACAGACGACACGCGGACUCAGAGGUCAGAAGACAGUUUUGAUGAGCCAGAAGAAUUUCUUGAAGACUAUGCCUGCAAUGACCUGUCACCCCCCCGUUACGAGGAAAUCUACCCACUGUCUUCAAGGAGAGUAUAA